CUUUGCAGCGGGUCCCCAUGUCCCGCCCCUUAAGGAGGAGGGGGCGUCGCGUGGGGUUAGUUCGAAGCCUCAACAAGCAAGUGAAUGCCUGAAAAAUUAAGUGGUGUGCGUGCAUGCGUGUGUGUGUGUGUGUGUGUGUCCGAAAUGUUCCUGGCAUCGGCGGCCAGGAGAGAGGCAGUGAACGGCGGGGCACUCCUCCAACUUUUCCUCCAGUUUCUCCCCUGAGGGAGCGGAGUUCGGGGCACGGAGUUCGCUCCGCAUCCGCCGCUGCCUUCACGCGUCUCCGCCCGCACCUAGCGCUCGGCACCCCGCGCUCGCUCAGCAUCCUGCCUCAGCAUCCCGUGCCCAGCAUCCCAGCACUAUGUCCCAAGGGAAGGUCCGGACGCCCUUGGCCAUUUUCGUGCUGUCCAUGCUGCUGAGCCUCAGCUCCGACGCCUUCCGCGUCAACAAGCGCCCGGUGCGGACUCGAACCUGUGCGGACCGGCCCGAGGAGCUUUUGGAACAGCUAUACGGGCGGCUGGCGGCGGGCAUGCUCAGCGCCUUCCACCACACCCUGCAGCUGGAACCGCUGGACAAGGAGCGCAACGUGAGCUGCCCGGCAGGGGGCAGGCCGGCCCAGGACAAGAAAUACCGACUCCCCAUCAACCUGCACAGCGUCUCCCCGUGGGCCUACAGGAUCUCCUAUGAUCCCACAAGGUAUCCCAAAUACAUGCCUGAAGCAUAUUGUCUGUGCAAGGGUUGUCUGACAGGACUAUAUGGAGAGGAAAACUUUAAUUUCCGUAGUACUCCCGUAUACAUGCCCACAGUCAUUCUGCGCCGCACCUCAGCUUGUGCUGGGGGGCGCUAUGUCUACACAGAAGAUUAUGUGACUAUUCCAGUUGGGUGCACAUGUGUUCCAGAACAAGAAAAGGAGUCAGAGAGCCUGAACUCCAGCAUUGACAAGCAGGGAAUGAAGCUAUUGCUGAACCCGAAUGACAAGCCCACAACGAACUGAACUCUAGGAGAACUCAUCAGUUUCUCUCUUGACUUUUUUAUCCUUGCACAGAAUCAGGAAAUUAAAAGUAAAUGAAAAUCCUGUUCAUCCUAAAAGGCUUCCAUAGCAUGGUAAAACUGGAAGGAUUUCACCAGGCCACAAGUUAAGCCACAAAACAACAAAAUGAACUGGGGAGGGGUAAGGUGGGGGUGGGUCCUUCUUUUCAUUUAGACUAAUCUACAAUUAAUGUCAAUGUUGCAACUAUUCUUUUUUUCAGACAAAAGCUGAUGCUGUUUUUGUAUUUUGGAUUGAAAUGCUUUACAUAUCGGAAUGAACCCAUGAUUCAUAUUCAUCUACUGUUUUCAACUGCACAGUCUGUUAUAGGACUCUGUAAUGGGCAUGCUCCUAGGAUUUAAUUUCUCACAAUUCUUGGGGCCAAGAGAGCAUUGUUCUUGGAAAGAAAUUCUCUGGAUUACAUUUCCCAUCUGUCCAUCUUACCAUAGAGUAUGGUGACAACACCAAUUGAAGGGCUCUCUUUAUUGGAACAUUCUUUUCAAAGUGGGAGUUAAAAAAACUGCCAGAAAUUUGGGGCAGUGAUUGAAAUGGGAAAAUGGUUAAGAUGUUAAGCUUCAUAGCAAGGAGAUCAAAAAGACCACUGGGAGCCUAGCAAGUUCAGGUUGGUGAUUUCUCUGAGCAGUGAGAAGAAAUACAGACUUGGAGAUGGACUAGCAGAAAUUCUGCCAGAGCUGGGAAGGAGCAGAAAUGGAAAAAAUUCCAGGCAGAAUUCAGAUGUCCCAAGAGCCAAGCUGAAGCCCUUUAGGCUGCCUCCCCAAAAGGUUAGCUUAUCCUCAUUCUGGCCACUGAGGCCAUACUGAAAGGAGACAAAGACCCAUUGACAGUUUUCUCACUCUGAGGGUCAGUUUCCCCAAUAGGUAGCUCAUAAGCUUUUUUCAGGUUUCUAUCCCACCUUCUCAUCUUGAAAGAUGUAUGAAAUUGCA